CUUCAUUUAUUAUUUCACAUCAAGAUCCAUAAAGGGGGGUCCCAAAAUGGGGCAGGAGAGCAUGGUAUUACGCGUUAGAGGUUAUCAACACACAGGAGCGACAAAAUUUGAUUGUAUAAAACAGUUGAGAUGGAAAUACAGCCGACAUUCAAAGCGUUUUAAUAUCUGCUCGUUUUGAUUGAAGCGAGAAUUUAGCAUCCUUUAAUUCCUUGCUCGAUUGAAAGGAGUGAGGGCAAAAUGAGCGACGAAGAGCAGGGACAAACAUCCAGUGCCAGCACUUCUUCUCCCGCAGAGCAGGUGCUGCCAUUUCAGAUGUAUCCACCGUUUCAUCAUCAAAGUGGGGGGAUCUAUGCCGUGCCUUAUCUGCCAUUCGGCGGCGGUGUCGGAACCCUUAUUCCCUUGACCUAUAAUAUGCCCACUUUUGCUACAGGCAUAGAGAAUGCUCAAUCAGACUCUGGAAGAGAUUCUCUUGCUGAAGCUCGUGAAGCUCCUCCAGAAGGAUUACAUGAACAUCAUGGAGCCCCUGCCAGAGAUGCACAGGGACAGAGAAAUGACAACCAAAGGCAGAUGGUGAGAAGGUUUCAAGUGGGAUUCCAAUUGGAUUUGUUGCUCAUUCUCAAGCUUGCUAUUGUGGUAUUUGUUUUCAAUCAAGAUGGAUCUAAGGAGAGAUUGUUUCUUUUGCUGUCCCUUGCAACCUUGGUUUACUUGUAUCAAACUGGAGCUCUUGCUCCUCUCUUACAAUGGAUUUCAGAGAGUGCUCAACGAGUUAGGCUACCACCUCAGCCUCCUGCUCGAGUUGUAAACCCUCAGCAUGUUGCUAGGGCUGAGGGACUCCAAGAGGCUGGAAAUGAGCCUAAUGCACAAAAUGUUGAAAGGCAGGGUCCUCAAGAUGUGGACAUUCAAGAGGUUGGUAACGGUCUUGAUGGACCUGCUGACAGAGUCAAUCAGGGAGCUGGAGAUCCACAAGGGCUUAAUUGGUGGGGAUUUAUGAAGGAGGUUCAGAUGAUCGUUGUAGGCUUUGUGAUGUCUCUUUUGCCUGGCUUCCAUCAUCAUGCUGACUAGAUCAUUUCUCAUUUCAAGGUCUUUUCUAAAUGAGAUAAGAAUAAACAAAAUAUAAGUUUUUUUCAGUCCCGUGGCAGAUGGGUGGACUUAAUUUAGCUGCCUCUAUUAUAGCCGUUGAUUAGUUUUCAAUUUGUUGAGAUGUAAUUACAGUUGAACAUAAAGAUAUUAGGGCAGAAUACCAUCAAAAUGUCCAAGGUAAAUGGAAAGAAAUCUUGUUACUGGCUUCUCCAAUGAUGUUUCACAGGCCAAAUUUGUAUCGUGGCCCGGUCAUAUUACAAGGAUUUUAUCUUUUAAUCUUUUAUAAUUAUCAUUUAAAAUUUUUGGUAUGAUGCCACAGUUUUUCGUCACAAUUCUCAAUAAAAUUGCUAUGUCAAAUUCCAUUUUUUUUAUUA